GCAGCGAACUCACCCGAACAUCACCCGAAGUUCAUCGGGUUACAAUAAAAAGUCAAAAUAAAUCCCAAUUACUUGACAUCUGAAGAUCAUUUUUUAAAUUUGAAUCCAUUGGUGACAGUUUAGUUGCACUAGUAAUUAUUCAAUCGUCAACUUGACUGUCACCUCAAACUUAUCAUUGAUAUGGCCGUAUUUAUGUUGAACGUUUGUAAAUUUAAUGCUUGCGGCUUAACAUUCAAAAGUUUGGGACAUUUAAUUCAACAUAUUGAAGAAACGCAUAUCGACUAUGAUCCACUUGUCGUCGAACAGUUCGAACAGCAGCAGCCACAAUGUAUACCACUUAGUUAUGCUCUACGUUUCCUCACCGAUGCAGCCAGAGAAAAAACACUGACGAGAAACAAAUCAAGUAUUUCGACGUCCAAGUGUAAAAAUGUCACGCCAACAGGAAGCGAAGCCGAGGAAGGAGAAGACCUGACGAGUGGACCAGAGGACAGCAAUGACUCGUGGGCGACAUCCGAAGAGUUUUCAUCGGACUACAUUCUACGAUAUGGGAGCAGGGUUGUCGGUCAAACAAUAAUCAAUCAGAACAAUAAUAACACGGACAAGCCAUUCGUUUGUCCAGUACCUGGAUGUAAAAAGCGUUAUAAAAAUGUCAAUGGGAUAAAGUAUCAUUCUAAAAAUGGUCAUAGAGACAACGGCAAACACAAAGAACUAUACGAUAACUAUUUUAGGGUCCGCAAGCCGUUCAAGUGCUCAUGUGGUAAGAGUUACAAAACAACGUACGGCCUAAAAAAUCAUGCCGCAAUUCAGCACAAUUGCAACGCCACAGGAUUACAAAUAAAAUUACCGAAUAAAUCAUUUAUCAAGACUGGAAGUGAAUACGACAAUUUAAUCUCUGUUAUUGAAAGUAAUGUCGCUGGUAAUUGCUCUGGAGAUACUAAAAUUUCUUUAAAGGUUUCGCCUUCAUCUUCAUCGUCUUCUGCUUCUUCUUCAUCAGCAACAAAAGUCAAAGUCUCAGCAAUUGAAGAUCACGGUUACAUUAAAUCAGUACUCACUGAAGCAGACACAAUUGAAUGCGAUGACAAUGAUCUAGGGAUACUUACUCCGGCUUCAACUCCACCGCUGACAGUCCAGGGCCUUGUCAGAAGUGAACAGCAACAAUUAAUCGUUAACGGACGUAACAUACAAAAGUAUUUUACUAGUACAUCUAAAGGUAAUACUCAACGUCGUAAUGUCAAAAACGAGUACUAAGUACUAGUCAUAUAUAAUGAUAAUAAUAAAUUACACAUGUCAAUACAUUGGACGUCGUUUGAAUGAACUUAUUUGUAAGAGUUCAUGCUGCUGCAUGCAUGUCUUUGACGUUAAGUCUUUAAAGCUCGCGUAUGUCAUUUAAAAAAAUAAUUAAUAAAAAUAAAGAGACAUAUUAAUUCACAAACAAAUGAGACAAUUAGUAAAUAUUGUACAUUUGAGCAAUUAUUGUAUUAUUACAUGAUUAUUAGUGUGUCUUAAGUCUUUCUGGGAUAACUAGCAACGAAUGCCAUGUGGAAAAAUUAAUAUUGAUUAAUUGAUUAGAAUCUUACGCGCAAUCGUAUGUCGUACGAGUGCUCAAUGUUGACAAAGGUAAAAAUAUAUAAAUAUAUACAUGUAUAUAUUUAUGUUUCCUUGGCUUUUAAAUUUCGUUUGUUAUCGUAACUCAUGGAUACUCAUAUUGUGAUGAAAUUUAAAAUUUAAAACGCCUAAUACUAAUUAUGAAUUUAAAUAUCAUUGGAUAAUUUAUAUAGAGUUUAAAUAAUAUUUGUUAUUACAUUCAUAAUGCUAUUUAAAUUUUAAAAAUAAAUAUAUAAAUUGGCUCCUGUAGCUAUCAUUCAAAAAAUUUGUUUGUCAUUUUAUAUAUAUAUUUUUUUUGUAUUUUAAGUUGAUUAUUAAACGUAAUUUGUAUUAAUUACAUUUAUUUUUUGUAGGGUACUUGGAAUUCGGAUUUGUAGAUUUUAUUAUUAAUAUAUUAUUAGUCUUUUAAUAUAUAUAUAUAAAUAUAGAUGUAACUAUUAUUAUAUUUUUUAAAAUUGCUAGUGUAGGAAAAUUUUUAAGGGAACGUGCGGUACUAAUAAAAAUUCGUUAUCGUUUUUUAUAUCACGCGGAUCUUAAUGAUAGUGCAGUAAAUUUUUUUUUAUCGCGAAGUCAGUAAAAAAUCUCAAAUUUAACUCCAGAGGUCGGAUGAAGUAAAAUUUUGACACACGAACCUAAUGACGUUUGAAAUUUCGUACCAAUUAGCAACUAGUCGGGGGUCAUGUCAUCGCAGAUCGUUUCUGCCCAGACCGGGUUGAAAUUUCAGAUUAAAAAGUAGCAAGAGAUUUUCUACUGACGAUAAAUUUAUGAUUUUUAAAUAUAAACAUGACAUUAAUUGUUUACGUCACGUAGCAGGUGCCAUAGAAUUCCAUACAAGAGUAAUGCCUCCGUACACAAGUAAAAAUUACUGUCCACAGUAAAAUACGGCUGCCCAAUUUCAAAACACAGUAAUAAAAAUUUUUCCAAAUCGAUUUUUUAGUUCCAGUGAAGUCUUCCGUUUUGAAAUUGGUCACCCGAAUUGACAACGAUUACAAAUUACUGUAAUCAGGGAGAAUUUUACUAUGGACGUAGUAAUUUUUCCAUGUGUUUACUACAAUUUCCGUCAGGUAGCCAUCAUGAUCUGGCUCUAAUACGACUUGAUAGCAUUUUAAACAAGAAUGAUUUCUCCGUGUAUGGCACCCGCAACUUGACAUCAAUUAAAGUUAUUAAUUGCAAGCAUCAUUACGUCCUUGUGGUCAGCGAAGUACAAACGCUAGUUUUUGUUGUUAAUUUUUUUAUCUUCAUCUUUUUGUUGCCUAGUGUACAUACAUACGUAUAGUUAAUAUUUAUAUAAUCUCUUACUACAUAUCAUCAUUACUAUUAUUAUUAUUAUUAUUAUUCACGUAUUAAUUUUAAUAUUUAUUUAAAUCGUACGGUAAAUAUCAAACAAGGCUUUUAUCGAUAUUGUGAUAUUAGAAAAAUAUGCUAUGCCUAAAAUAAGAUAAAGACCUGAUAAAUUUAUUAUGUGCGCACUCUCCCACACGUGUUAUAUAUUUAUCUUUCUUCAUAUUUAUAAGUAUAUUUAUUUAUAAUAAUUCUUUUAAUUAAUAUAUCAAGUUACCACUGUGUCAAAAGCGUUUCAUAAUUCGCGAAAUAUUUAAUAAUCUGGAAACAGCGAUCGUUAUUUAUUGCAAUUUAUAAUUAUAAUAUAUAUUAAUAUAUAUAUUGUCUACACAAUGAUAAUAUAUAAGGCCUGGACUGUAUUUGAUUUUACACUAAUUUAAUUAUAAUGUAAUAAUUAUUAUUAUCGAUGGUGCUAUGAACGAAAAAAUUAUAAAAUAACAAAUAUUUUGUGUAAUUAUAUUUCGAUACCGUAAGUAUUCAGCCUAUUUACAUUAAUGUUUAAUUAAUUUAUUAAUUUAUUUAUUUAUUAAUUAUAUCUUAUAGUAAAUUAUAACGAAUUUUUUUUUUUUCAUUUUUUUUCUAGUAGAUUCAAGGACAGCGUAAAUUAACAUCAUUUUCAGGAUGUGAAAAUUAAUAAUUAUAGGAAGACGUCGACCAUUAUCUAUAAUCACGAAAAUCUAAAAUGAAUACCCCUCAUUUUCAUUUUUUUUACAAGUAAACAAUUGAACUAAUUGAUGUAAAAUAUUAAUUGUAAUUUUAAAAAAUUAACAAGAGCGAAAUAAAAAGCAUUUAUAUUAAGAUGAGUUUAAAAAUUAUUAUUAGUAAUAAUUGAACGUUUAAUAAUUAAAUAUUUUUCAUUUAAAUAAAACGAUAAUGACAAUUUAAAUUACAAGUUAUUAGUAAUUAGCUUCACGAAACGGUUCUUUACCACUAGUAAUAAUAAUAAUAAUAAUAUGUAAGCAAAAAAUAUUUAAAGCAACUGAGCCAAGGCGUAAGUACUCCGUCCACGAUCUCAAUCCCGGCCAUCUAGUUGGUUUACACAUAAUACUAUAAUUAUUAUUAAUAAAUAACCAACCAGCUUGUGUAAUUAAGUUUAAAAAAUUAUCUUAAUUUAUUAUUAUUAAUUAUAAUUUUUUUUUUUUACGUUACAUCGAUUAUGUUCAUCAAUAUGAUGAAAUAAAACUGCUUCAACUACUCAUUACUUUAAUUUCUUCUUUUAUUCCCAGCAUUUUUUCUUUUUUUUUUUUUUUACGUCAGGAUUUUUAUUUCAAAAUGAUCGUGGGCGGAACACACGAAUCUCAGUAAUUAAAUAAAAAUAUUUAAUGUUACAAUUUAAAAAAAAAAAAAAAAAAAAAAAGUCUAAAGCCAAGGAAGAAAAAAUCAAAAAGUAUUGAAUAAUAUUAAUAAUAAUAAUAAUUGUAAUAAUUAAUAAUAAUUAACACUCUAACAAUUGUGUAAACAAAAAUCAUUGAAUAAAAUUAUUUAUUGCAGUUCCAAGCAAUGACAAUACGCUGAACGUACUGCAUUUGGCAAGCCAAGGGUUUUAUUUUUAAAUUUUAAAUAUCUUUUAUCAUUUUGUCAUUUAUUUAAUUUAAUAAAUUUUUAAUUAUUCAAUUACAAAAAAAAAAAAAAAUAAAAAAAAAAACUCGGUAUUUAAUUCGCGUAAAUAAGCAUUCGCAUGUAAUUUAAAACAUUUUUUUGUUUUUUAAUGAGUAAUAAUGCUCGUUAUAUUCUUCGUGAGAUUGGACAUAAACACACAGUUACUACUUAUACUUCAUUGCAUUAUUUAUGAAUCAAUCGGCUAAUAUACUUAAUAGUUAUUAGACUACCAAUUAAUCUAUAAUUGUGAUCACCCAUCAACGUCAGUCAUUGCCUAAACAACACUCCCUUUACUAAAUAUAUAUAGAAACAAAAAUAAUAAUAAUAAUAAUAAUAAUAAUAAUAAUAAUUGAUACAAGAGAAAACAUUUUUUCGCGCAUAGCUCGGCUUCCUCGACUGGAUCCAAUCGACUGCCUUCUUCAACAAGAUUAACUUCUGACUGACUGACUGCACCAGGAAUUUAGUCUACUUAAAUAUAACUCCUUUUUAAAUUUACCUAUUUUCAGAUGAUUUUCUGUUAAGUAAAUUAAUAAUUAUUAUAUAUAAUAAUAAACCAUAGCUGUUAUAAUAAUAAUAAUAUUAUAAUAAUAGAUAAUAGAUAAUAAUAAUAAUGAUAGAUAAAAUAAUAAUAAUAAUAAUAAUAAUAAUAAUAGUAAACUGGCAGCAAUUAACCAGAUGUUUUUUUUUCGCAUUUUAAAACUCAGAUGACAAUCCGACAUGGCACUGACACUCAUAUUUUAAUUUACUCAUUCUUACACACGUACAUACAUAUAGAAUUUUGUUUAAAAUUUUUUGUUUAAUUACUUUGUCUACCCACAUCCAAAAUACACUGAAUGUUCAUUUAUUUUUUUAAUUGUUGUUAUUAUUAUUUAUUUAUAAUAAUCAUAACCAUUUUUUAAAAUGACAUUCUCCCAGCAAACCUUUACAAUCAAUCACUUGUGCAUUCAUACAUUUCAUGUAUUAAUUUUUUAUUAAUUAUUAUUAUUAAUCAUAUCCCAUUCCCAGUGUGCAAUCAGCUGCCAGAUAAUUUAUCUCGUUAUUUUCAUGCUUAAUUUUAAUUUUUUUUUCUUUUUAUUUUUUUUAUAAUUUUUUUUUUGUAUUUUUUUGUAUUUUUUUUUUUUUAUUUAAUUAUUAUAAUAUUUUGUUUUGUUUAUAUAGUUAUAACCAUUUUCCCAA